UGGGCGGCAUGGGCAUGAGCAAGCUUAAUCCAUAACACUUAACAAACCUUGAUAUCCCGUCGCCGCACAGCCUCUCUCUCUCUCUACUCUCCCUCUCCCUCUCUCGUUCUUACCCCCGCGCUUAUCUCUCUAUCCCCUCUAUCUAUCCCACCCCUCCUGCCUCCGUCCUCGGCCUGGGGUUACUGCUGCUGCUCCCGAGUCUGGUCAAGUGAUUGCUAUCGCUGCCGCUGCAUAGUCGACCAAACCGAACCUCACCUACAGAUUAUAGUCCCUAUUCUAAUGCCGCCGCCAGCCAAGCAACGGAAAGUCGCCAUUGUCGGCAGCAGGUCUGUCGGCAAGUCCUCCCUCGCCGUCCAGUUUGUCGAUGGCCAUUUCGUCGAGAGCUAUUACCCGACUAUCGAGAAUACCUUCAGCAAGGUAAUCCGGCAUAGAGGCCAGGACUUUAACACCGAGAUUGUCGACACUGCCGGACAGGAUGAAUAUAGCAUUCUCAACUCGAAGCACUUCAUCGGUAUCCAUGGCUACAUGCUAGUUUACUCUGUCUCAUCCCUGCCAUCCUUCGAGAUGGUACAGGUCAUUCGCGAGAAGAUCCUAAAUCAUCUUGGUACUGACUGGGUUCCGAUCGUCAUUGUGGGUAACAAGAGUGAUCUACGGCCAGAACAGCGACAAGUCAGCCAGGACGAUGGGCGUAAGCUGUCGGAGAAGUUCAACUGUGCGUGGACCGAAGCUAGCGCGCGCUACAACGAGAACGUUGGCAAGGCCUUUGAACUCUUGAUCGCACAGAUCGAGACGGCCCAAAACCCCAACGAAGCUGCAAACGGCGGCAAGUGCGAAAUAAUGUGAAGCAGACUUAUACACGUCUGAAAUGAGAGAGGAGAGAGGUAGAAACGUCGGGAACGGAUGGUUAGACACGGUGAAUCAUGAAAAGGGUAUACGCCGUAGA